GCGUACACAAACCCGUGCACAUCAGCUUCAACCAAAGUUGUCAGAGAGUCUGACCCUUCUUUACAAGGCGAGCCCUGCAGGCGGGAUGCCCCCAGACAACCACAGGUGACUGGAAUACAAGAAGGAGGCCUUGGCCAAAUGACAAUCUGGGAUGGAAGUAUUGCACGGGACGGAAAAUUCGAGGGCAACACAGUGGAUCCUCCUAAUCCUGCUGCUGCCGGCUCUCAUGCACGGGACCACAGGCCAGAGAAGAAACGGACACAGGACCAACUACAGGCUGCCAAACGACGGAGGGAAUGCUUCCACCUGCUCCCUGGAGGUGGUCUUCAUCCUGGACAGCUCGGAGAGUGCCAAGAUCUUCCUGUUUGAGAAGCAGAAGGGAUUCGUGUUGAGCUUCAGCACUCGCCUGUCCAUGCUGCAGGUGGACGGAUGGACGCUGAACGUGCGAAUGGCCGCCCUCCAGUACAGCAGCACCGUGUCGGUGGAGCACAGUUUCUCGGCCUGGAAAAACCUGGACUCCUUCCACGGCCCGGUCAGCGUUAUGAACUACAUCGGACACGGCACCUACACCACCUACGCCAUCGCCAACGCCACGCAGCUGCUGGUGCGCGAGACGCCGGCCGACAGCGUCAGGGUGGCCGUGCUGAUGACCGACGGGGUGGACCACCCGCGGAACCCAAACGUGAUUGCGGCCGCAGCAGAGGCUAAGAGUCACGGGAUCAAGAUCUUCGCCGUGGGUCUGUCAGAUAUCGCCAAGCAGAAUCAGAACGGAGCCAAACUGCGGGCCAUCGCCAGCGCGCCCGCUCAGCAGUUUGUUCAGAGUCUUCUGGACCCUCAACUGGAGCAGAAACUGCUCAAAGAGAUGGGUACGGUUGUUUUAGAAGAGUGCCCGGAAGCUCAGGUGUGUUUGUGUGAAAGAGGAGAACGAGGCCCCCCAGGAGUUACCGGCAGGAAAGGCGACCCGGGUUACCGAGGUCCGCCUGGUCCCAAAGGAGGGAGGGGGGAACCCGGCAUGAACGGCCGACCGGGAGUUGAGGGUCCAGAGGGUCGCCAGGGCUACAAAGGCAACAAAGGGGAGAGAGGAGAUUGUGGACCACCUGGGGGUAAAGGUGACCUCGGUUUGGAGGGGCCACCUGGACUACGAGGAGCAAAGGGAAAACAGGGGGAGUUUGGACCACCUGGAGACAUUGGCCCUGAAGGACCACACGGACAAAAAGGCGACAGAGGGCCCGGCGGUGACCCGGGACCACCGGGAGACUUUGGUAUUGGUUUCCCGGGAGCCAAGGGUGAAAAGGGCAACCAAGGAAAACCAGGUCCAACUGGUAUAGCUGGCAUUGGAGAACCAGGACUACCAGGGUCUCUUGGACAACCUGGACCACGAGGCAACCCGGGAGCGCCUGGAGAAGGUGUCGCAGGACCUAAGGGUGACCGAGGAUUUGAAGGACCGCGGGGGAAUCGUGGGCUGCCUGGUAUCGGGUUCAAAGGUGACAAGGGCGGCCUAGGUCCACCUGGGCAACAAGGUCCAGUUGGUUCUCCAGGUGUUGGACACCAAGGCGAAAAGGGUGACCAGGGCCCAGCAGGACCCACAGGCCCCAGAGGAGGUCCAGGUGUGGGAUUACCAGGACCUAAGGGAAAUCAGGGAUUCUCAGGUGUUCCAGGACCACCUGGUGAGAGAGGCACGGGAGUGCAAGGACCAAAAGGGGAUGUGGGAGCCCAGGGUCCACCAGGCAUUCCCGGUCAGCCAGGAGAGGAUGGGGUCGCAGGGCAAAAGGGUGACAUCGGAUUCCCAGGGCCCAGGGGUCCAGACGGUAGUCCCGGUACAGGCGCCCCUGGAGUAAAAGGGGACAGAGGGGACAGGGGGACCAGAGGUCAGCCAGGUGCUGUUGGUCCUGCGGGACCAGUGGGACCAAAGGGGGAUCCUGGAUUUAUCGGGCCACCCGGUGCUCCGGGACAACUAGGGAGGGGUAUUCCUGGUGCCAAGGGAGAUCCCGGUCCGCAAGGUUCCGCUGGAGCUGUGGGUGAGCCAGGCCGGGGUAUAACUGGACCCAAGGGUGACAGAGGGUUUCCAGGACCUGCAGGGUUGUCUGGAGGUAAAGGAGAAGGCAGUCCAGGCCUUCCAGGUCUUCCAGGACCUCCUGGCUUGACGGGCGAGCCUGGACCAGAUGGAGUAGGCCUACCAGGACCAAAGGGAGACAGAGGCCUAUCUGGAACUCCUGGACCUGGAGGGCCACCAGGAAUUGGACAUCUUGGGCCAAAGGGUUCCAUUGGCGCAAUAGGCCCUCCUGGUCCACAGGGCCCCCCAGGUGAGGGUAUCCAAGGACAAAAGGGAGAACCUGGAUUCCAGGGGAUUCCUGGCCCGAGAGGUCCUUCUGGGCUCGGACUCCAGGGGGACAAGGGGGACCGAGGCUUCAGUGGUGAGAGAGGAAAAAAGGGAGACAGUGGGCCUGCUGGAGAACCAGGAGCCACCGGACCUUUGGGACAAGUGGGACAAAAAGGUGAACCUGGAAUUACGAGGGAAGAAAUCAUCAAAAUCGUCAGAUCAAUAUGCAAUUGCGGGGUGACAUGCCGCCAAAGCCCCUUGGAGCUGGUCUUUGUGAUUGACAGCUCCGAGAGCGUGGGCCCAGACAACUUCAAUGUCAUCAAAGACUUUGUGAGUGCCGUCGUAGACCGGGCUUCCGUGGGCAGGGGCACCACACGGGCAGGCGUGGUGCUCUACAGCCACAUCAACACGGUGGUGGUCAGCCUCAACCAGGAGGCCUCCCUGGACGAGGUCAAGUCCGCGGUGCGCUCCAUGACUUAUUUGGGCGAGGGGACUUUCACCGGCAGCGCCAUCCAUCGGGCCAACCAUCUUUUCAGAGCGGCUAGGGUCGGCGUGAGGAAGGUGGCCGUUGUCAUCACAGACGGCCAGGCCGACAAGAGGGACUCGGUCAGUCUGGAGAGCGCAGUGAGGGAAGCCCGGGCAAGUAACAUCGAGAUGUUUGUGAUCGGUGUGGUCAACAACAGCGACCCGCUGUUUGUGGAGUUCAAGAAGGAACUGGACCUCAUGGCUUCGGAACCAGACGGAGACCACGUGUACCUCAUCAACGACUUCAAAACACUGCCAGCCCUCGAGAAGAAUCUGUUGAGCCGAAUCUGUGAGGACGGUCAAGGAGUCUCCUUCCAGCCAGUUCCCUCUCAUCCCGAAAGAGAACCCACUGCGCCGCAGAGACCAAAAACAGACGACAGAACCUCGUCGGAACCCCAAAGACUGCCGUUCUUCGACAGGGAACCUUUUAGACCGGGAACGAACGUCGAGCCGAAGCACCCCGUCACGGCUGGAGUCAACGGGCCGAUGGCACCCACCAUGAAGACCCCACGGGGGUCCCGUCCACCCAUGACUACUGCAUCCCCACAGCGCUGCAGUCAGCCUCUGGACCCGGGGCCGUGCCGGGACUACGUGGUGAGGUGGUACUAUGACGCCACGGCCAACUCCUGCGCUCAGUUCUGGUUUGGAGGCUGUCAAGGUAACACCAACCAAUUUGACAGCAAAAAGAGCUGUAAGGAAGCCUGCGUGCAAGUCUAACAGGAACUAUCAUGGUACUGUCCUUUAACACCCACUUUUACCAAGUCUGACUUUAAUGUGAACACAAUGUUUAACAAUGUAUUCCAACGUUAAAAACGUAUUUUUGUCAUCUACUCACGAUCAUUUCAUUGAUAACCACUAACUGUUCAGUAAAGCCGAUCAUGUUGUACUAUUGUUUUUUUUUACUUUAUAUUUUUUUAAAUCUCAAUUUCAAUAAAGUGUAAUGUCAUUGAAGAAUAAAGCUAUUUUUGAACUAUU